UAAGCGUCUUUUUAGGAUAAAAAGUAAUAAAAAAAGUAAGUCUAGUUUAUUUCUUACUUAUGAAUUUAUGUUCGUAUAUCCGGGUCAAUGAAAUAGAUUGCACUUGUGGAAGGUCAUUUGAAUUUACAGUUACAAAAGACCAGUUGUAUUAAACAAUUUGAUCGAUUCAUCAGGUUUUAUUCAAGAUGAAGUGGUUAUUAUUUAGCAGUGCAUUUUUAAUAUACAGUUCCAUUAUUUUGUGUCAGGAUAUUGUAUUUCCAAAUGAUGAAGAAUUAACUCAUGUCAGUGGAAAUAAACCAAUGAUAACAGAGCGUAUUCCUGUGUCAAUACCAGGUCAUUGUCCUGAGAACAUGCUCCUUUAUCCUAGUGAUGGAAACAAGCUUACUUGGGUGUGCGAUUGUAGGCCAAGAUUUUUGUACUUUCCUUUAAAUGAUACAUGUUAUGAAGCUUAUAAACAAGGACCUUGUCCUCCACAACAUUAUGUCAUUCUUCCUGAAGGAGAAGCGGUUCCACAAUGCGUUAAGAAUCCAUGUUUGGAAGAUGGUUUAGUUAAAUACAAUAAUGUAUGUUAUCCUCUUAGAACAAUUGGUGGUCCUUGUGCGCCUGCUGUUAUAGGUGUUAAUGCUACUAAUUUUAAACUGGAAUGUAUACCGACCGAUAUUGCACCUUUUAUUAUAAUAAAUGUCCCUGACCGAGGAGGUUGUCCUCCAGGCAGUCGUAGAACCACUUUUGGUGUAUGUAAACCAAAAGUUUGAGCUGUAUUUUGUAUAAUUUAUUUAAUUUUAAAUAUUUAACUAAUGCGUAAGAAUAAAAAUAUUGAACAAAAUAACUUUAUUGUAAGAAGGUAAAAGGUAUUUAAUAAAUAACUGUGAAUUUUA